GCGAGCGGCGGGGCCGGGCCGGGCGCUGCGGCGCCAUGAAGGACUGCGAGUACCGGCAGAUCCCGCCCGGGGUAACGGCACCGGGAGCGGGUACGGUCGCCUCGCAACCUCCGCUACCAGCCGACCCGGAGAAGUCCGGUACGACCCGGCGGCCCCGGCGGAAGUGGGAGGUGUUCCCGGGCCGCAAUCGGUUCUACUGCGGCGGCCGCCUCAUGCUGGCGAGGCACAGCGGCGUCUUCGUCCUCACCCUCGGCCUCAUCCUGGUCACCAGCGGCCUCUUCUUCGCCUUCGACUGCCCCUUCCUUGCCAGUCACCUCACCUUGGCCAUCCCCAUCAUUGCAGCCAUCCUCUUCUUCUUUGUCAUCAGCUGCCUGCUCCAGACAAGCUUCAGAGACCCAGGUAUCCUGCCCAGAGCCACCCCAAGUGAGGCCGCAGACCUGGAAAAGCGGAUCGACAGCAUGGGCACCUCUACCUAUCGCCCACCAGCCCGCACGAUGGAAGUGGUCAUAAACAAGUAUGUGGUGAAACUCAAGUACUGCUACACCUGCAAAAUGUUCCGCCCUCCACGCACCUCUCACUGCAGUGUCUGCGACAACUGUGUCGAGAGGUUUGAUCAUCACUGCCCCUGGGUGGGCAACUGCGUGGGGAAGCGCAACUAUCGCUACUUCUAUGCCUUCAUCCUCUCCCUCUCCUUCCUGACAGCCUUCAUCUUUGCUUGCGUCGUCACCCACCUCACUCUGCGUUCUCAGAGAGAUGGAUUCCUCACCACUCUGAAGACGACACCUGCCAGUGUGCUGGAGCUGGUGAUUUGUUUUUUCUCAGUCUGGUCUAUUUUGGGCCUCUCAGGUUUUCACACUUACUUAGUUGCCUCCAACCUGACGACGAAUGAAGAUAUCAAAGGGUCCUGGUCAAAUAAGAGGGGUUCAGAGUUUGCCAAUCCCUACAGCCAUAAAAGUAUCCUCACAAACUGCUGUGCAGUGCUGUGCGGACCAUUCCAUCCCAGUUUGAUAGACAGAAGAGGAUUUAUCCAGCCAGAUGUCGGGACCCCAUCCAGUCCGAAGAGCGAACUCCCUUCCUUUGGAGCCAAAACUGACACCAGCAUGGUAGGAGGCAUUCCCUAGCAGUGCUGUGACGUAGCCCAGUGCCUGCUGUGCCUACACCUCGCUCCAGCCUGUACAUUCCCCUCUCACCAUCUCCCCGGCCUCAGGUGGGACAGCCCUGUGAUGCGGAGCUGCCAAAGACUCAGUCGAGCCACAUGUUGCCUUUUUUUUUUUUUUUUUAAUUUAUUUAUUAUUUUUUGUUUAUUUGUUUCACUGUGAUGUGGCCUGUCUGGACUUUCAACUGAUAGAGCCCAACAGCAUGCAAGACCCUCGGCCUCGUGCAGAGAGCAGGGGGAAGCAAAUAGGUCUGGGGAGCCACCAGACCUCUGAGCCCGGAGCGUCUGAUCCAGGGGGUCGCUGUGUUUCCUGCCGGGGGUAAUGAGGUGGGCAAGGGUGGGAGGUGUAGGGACUGGCAAAUGGUUCUCGCUCUGAACUGAGCUGUCACACCUCGUCUUCUGGGCUGGUGGAGCCAUAAGUUCCCUGGUAUCCCUGUUAUCUCCAUGAGCACGUUCUGCUUCCCUGUGCCGAUGUGGAAGGGCUGUUCUGUCUCUUAACGGCCGGGUUCUCACCUCAGCCGCUGCCGGAGCGGCUUUUCUUUUCCAGAAGCUGCUGUGCCUUGGUAAGUUGGGGCUGUUCAGCUGGGAGGACUCUGGCUCCCAGCAGACGCGGAAGGUAGCUAGAUGUCCCCGCUGCUGUUGAUCCUGUUUUCUGGCUGGUCACUGAGGGGGUGCUGAAGAACUUUGUGUUUUGGCCCUGUCAGUCAGUAAGACAACGUUCUGCAGCAAGGACACAAGUUAGGAUGACCCUCCUUUUAAUGGGGAAGAAGAAACACGCAGCAUUCCGUGGCUCUCGUCGUGAGAUGCUUGUUGGCAAGGCUACAGUUGUAAGAUUUGGGAACCUUAGUGUGCCGGGAAAGCCUGGUUACAUCCGGUCUGUAGGAGACCAAAAGGCAACAGAAAAGUGGGUGAAAUCCUGAGGGUCCCACCCUUCCCAGGUGGAGCUUCACAGAGGAAGCAGUGAGCGGGUGCUGGUCUCUGAUAACCCCCUGUUGUGCUCUUGGUUUGGGUUUCUGGCUGGCAGACGAGAGCGGGGCUGUCCCCAGCGCCUCAGGAGUGACGCCUGUGUGCCUGGGCUCGGCCACGGGCAUCGCUCCCUGCCUGCAAGGCCCGGGAGAGCCAGGCUGGGCAGCCAGCUCUGCCUCGCUGACACCGGGGUGUGCGCGGGGGAGAGUCACGGACCUUGUUAGCAAUACUUGAAUCGUGUUAUUAAAAGCUGCUGGAUAUUUUUGCACAAUUUGUAGAAUUUUUUAUUUUUUUUUUUUCUAUGUAGAACGUUUUCUAUUCGGUGCACGUUAGCACUGGGGCAGAGGCUUGCGGCAUUUUGUGUCAAGCUGCCUGGUUAGGUUUCUGUGGGUCAGGCGGAGGCAGCACACUUACGGGGGCAGCCCGUCCCCGCUGCACCAGCGUUGUGCUUUGCACGCUGCGAGUGACCGCACCAGCCCCCGUGCAGCUUCGGGACGCGCUGGGGAGGGACGGCAGAGGCGGAAGCUUCCCCUGGCUUUACAUUUCUGGCUGGCCGCGGCAGAGAUCUCAGUGCUUGUUUGCUGUGGCCACCAUCUCUACCUUCCCCUCCACCGAGAGCAGCGGAGGCCGCUGAAUUUCUACCGGAUCCCGGCAGAUGGCUCUCGCCGCCCGGGGAGGCUCCCGGUGCUGCUCCGCCAGCCACCCCAGCCCUGCAGGUUCGUGUCAUCUCACAGGCCAGGCGUUGGAGAGGCCAGGCGGCCCUUCCCGCUUCUCCUGCGGGGAUGUCCCCAGCAGGGCUCGUCCCUGCUGCCUUCGGGGAGCCUCAACGCUGCUUUCUAGGGGCAGGCGUGGAGCCGGGGCUGGGGCUGGGGAGUGAGGAGCAGUGUGGGGGUGUUAUUAGGG